GACAGACAUUCCGACCACGUUCCAGAAGUGUCUUUAGAAUGUCACCAUCAUCACCUUUCUCAGGUCCAUUUGGGAUUUAAAGGUUACACCCCCCAUUACCUGAUGUUUGGAUGGAAUGCUCGUCUGCCAGGCGAGCUGUUUAUGGGGACGAAGAGACCCAUGGAGUCAACCACGACGCAGGAGUGGGUGAGGAGACAUCAUGAGCGCUUGAGGCUGGCAUACCAGAUGGUGGAAAAGAGCAGCCAGAAGGCUGCAGGCCGGAUGAAGGACAGGUAUGAUGUUGGGGCUAGGGCAGCACCAUUGCUCCCGGGGGAAAGGGUUCUAGUCCAUACGACAAGAAGGGACGGACAGGGUAAACUGGCAGCACACUGGGAGGAAGAGAUCCAAAUUGUAGUUGGCCAGCCAAACCCUAUGAACCCAGUCUACAGAGUUCGGCCAGAAGGUAAAGAUGGGCCUGUUAGAGUGGUCCAUCGUAAUCGCCUGCGCAUAUGUACUUUCUUGCCUUCCGUCAAUGAUAAAACAGGAGGUGGCGCCUUAGAACCAGGAACGGCAGCUGCGCAUGAUAUAGCGACAGCCUCAGACCAGUGGUUACUUCUAUGGAGUAUGGCACAGCAGAUGCCAGGGCCAGGUCACUAUCUGUCCUCCAACAAGUCCGCCCCUGCAACUCAGGAGGGUUUAAGGAGAUCUGCCCGUGAAAAUCUCGGGAAGCCCCCACCUCGAUAUACUUAGUAGA